AUGAAAAUGAGAACUGCAAAGUUUCCAGUGGAUUUGGCAUCAACGAAGUUGAUAGGCCGCGCACAGCCCGAGGUGGACCCGCAGGAGGCGGCGGCGGCCGCGGAGCACCCGGCCCUGGACCCCCUCCUGCGCCGGGCGGAGCGCCUCCUGCUGCUCCAGCAGGACCUCGAGCGGCUGCGCGGGGACCUGGGAAGCCGCGAGUCAGAGUCCCAGAUCUUUCAGCCCGACUGGCUCUCGAAGGGCCAGCAUCCAGGCAAGAGGGAGGAGGCAGAAGAGGGAGUUGAAGAGGAGGAAGGAUGGGCUGUGGGGCCCCACAAACGGCAGCACCCAGGCCGGCGGGACGAGGCAGCUGUGUGGCCCGAGGACGGGACCCAACAGAAGCGGCAGCACCCUGGCCGGCGCUCCUCCUGGCUGGGCUAUGCUUUCACCAAGAGACAGCACCCAGGCAGGCGGCUGGUGGACCCCAAAGCCCAGGGGCGCUGGGAGGAAGAGGAAGAGGAGAUGGAGGGGGAGCUGAUGCCUGAGAAACGCCAGCAUCCCGGCAAGAGAGCCUUGGGGGGCCCGUGUGGGCUCCAGGGAGACUGUGGUCAAGCCAGCCUCCUGCUGGGGCUCCUGGGUGACCUGAGCAGGGGCCAGGGGCCUGAGGACAAGCGGCAGCACCCUGGGCGGCGGGCAGCCUGGAUCAGGGAGCCCCUGGAGGAGUGA